CUUCCCUUCCAAAGCCUCCCAAAGCCUUCUCUUGGCGACACCACGCACCCGACGAAACGCGACGCCUCCCCUCGGAAACCCGCCGGCGAAGCACGAACAAAUCGGAAAACGGAAGACUCCUCCUUUUUGAUGACAGAUAGGAGGAGCGGCGGAGCGACCGAGACCACCAGACGACAAGGCCGUGGCGGCGGCGGCGACGAGAGGGACCAUGGCCAGGGCUCUGACCAGGAAUCCUCUAAUGGCGGCCGUCGGCCUCUGGGAGAGGCUGAUAGCCGCACCGGUUCUCUCAUCCUAUUCCCCUUUGUGUAGAAACUAUGGCACCUCUGCCUACAAGAACGAGCAGCGCCACCAGAAGUACUCCACCGAAGCGGCCGUGGCCGAGGUGGAGGGGUUGCGGCCGCUGCCGGGCGGCGGUGGUGGCUGGGAUUUCGUGGGAGCGAAGGAGUAUCUGGAUUAUAGGAGGGCCUUGUAUGGAGAGAUCACGCACAAGGCCGUCCUUGUGGACGCCGUUGGCACCCUCGUCGUCCCUUCUCAGCCGAUGGCUCAGAUUUACAGGAAUAUUGGAGAGAAAUAUGGCGUCCAGUACUCAGAAGAUGAGAUAUUGAAUCGGUACCGAUGGGCCUAUGAGCAGCCAUGGGGCAGAUCUCGUUUGAGGUAUGUGGCUGAUGGGAGGCCCUUUUGGCAAUUCAUAGUUAGUUCUUCAACAGGGUGUUCAGAUUUACAAUACUUCGAAGAGCUGUAUCAAUACUAUUCAACUGAAAAGGCUUGGCAUCUUUGCGAUCCUGAUGCAGAAAAGGUUUUUCAAGCUUUUAGAAAGGCUGGAGUGAAAACAGCUAUAGUCUCGAAUUUUGACACCCGCUUACGGCCUCUGUUGCAAGCACUAAAGUGUGAUCACUGGUUUGAUGCAGUUGCGGUGUCAGCUGAGGUAGCAGCUGAGAAGCCCAACCCGACAAUAUUUUUCAAGGCCUGUGAGCUGUUGGGAGUAAAACCUGAGGAAGCAGUGCAUGUAGGUGAUGAUCGCAGGAAUGAUAUUUGGGGAGCUAGGGAUGCAGGUUGCGAUGCAUGGCUUUGGGGCACCGAUGUCCACUCUUUCAAGGAGGUUGCUCAAAGAAUUGGAGUCCAAGUUGGAGGAAGCAUUCAUGCUCAUGGCACCAAGUGAUUCAGUGUUCAGAUCGUGUGUACAGGAUAUCAUCUCUUCCCUGUCAGCUAGUUUCUGAUUGUAGCUAUAUUAGAUAAAAUUGCAGAAAGAAAUAAUAAGAAAGAAGGGAGAUGUAUCAGGACAAUGCGAUGUUGGUGAAUUAUCAGUUUCUUAAGUUGGAAAUAAUUAUGCGAACUUGGAUAUCCAUCAUCACUAUCUAUUGCCAUAUUUUGCUGUUGGGAAUCAUGUAACUUGAGCAAGGAAUAUGCAAUAAGACAAAAAGAGAAGAGUGUGAGAUAUGUAACAAAAAAUGAAAAUCUUCUCUCGAGGAAGUUAUGUAACCGAGACUUGAGUGUGUUCGUGGAAUUUUGAAAUAGAUUUGAAUUGGCCUUUCUGAUUUCUAA